AGGACAGGUGGGGUAGGACGGCGCAGGAGUGGUGUCCAGUCAGCCUCAAGCGUCCGUUACUUGGUUCGCCUGCGGGGGCGGAUGCUGCUCCAAUCGACUCCAGGGUGUAAACCGACAUCAUGGCUGAUAAAAAGGACCUGGAAUGCGGUGACCCUGAGCUGGAGGGCGUGCGGAAGCCGAUGGACUUGCCGACAUUACCGAAGGCUCUCACUCUCGAAGAGAAGAAGUAUCUUUUGGCGGUCGAAAGGGGAGAUAUGGGCAAUGUCAGGAGGAUCUUGCAGAAGGCCCACCGCCAGAAGCACAUCGAUGUGAACUGCGUAGAUUCGUUAGGCCGCGGAGCUUUGACGUUGGCGAUAGAUGGGGAGAACAUGGAGAUGGUUGAACUGCUUGUCAUCAUGGGCGUGGAGACCAAGGAUGCUCUGUUGCAGGCCAUUAACGCUGAGUUUGUGGAAGCUGUCGAAUUAUUGUUGGAACAUGAGGAGCUGAUACAUAAAGAUGGGGAACCAUACAGUUGGCAGAAAGUGGAUCCAAACACGGCCAUGUUUACACCCGACAUCACGCCCCUCAUGUUGGCAGCUCACAAGAACAACUACGAAAUCCUCAAGAUAUUAUUGGAUCGGGGCGCUACUCUACCAAACCCUCAUGACGUUAGGUGUGGCUGUGAUGAGUGCAUCCGUGAGUCAACUGAAGAUUCCCUCCGGCACUCACUAGCACGCCUCAACGAGUAUAGAGCGCUGGCCUCCCCCUCGCUGAUAGCUCUGUCCUCUACCGACCCUAUACUCACUGCCUUCCAACUGUCGUGGGAGCUGAGGAACUUGGCUUUUGCUGAGCAGGAAAGCAAGGCGGAGUAUUUAGAGCUGCGUCGCCAAGCGCAGAAGUUCGCGGUAGACCUGCUGGAUCAGUCCCGCAGUUCGCAGGAGCUGGCCAUCAUCUUAAACCACGACCCCGACGAGCCCGCCUUCGUCGAGGGUGAUCACAUGAAGCUGGCGAGAUUGGAGUUGGCCAUUGAUUUUAAACAGAAAAAGUUCGUCUCCCACCCAAAUAUCCAACAACUGUUGGCCGCAAUCUGGUACGAGGGAGUCCCGGGCUUCCGUCGGAAGACGGCCAUGGAGAAGAUCAUGAUCAUCUGUAGGGUGGCUCUCUUGUUCCCUUUCUACUGCACCCUGUAUAUGAUAGCACCCAACUGCGCCACCGGGAAACUCAUGAGGAAACCGUUCAUGAAGUUCUUGAUACACGCUUCCAGUUAUCUGUUCUUCUUGUUGAUUUUGAUAUUAGUAUCACAAAGAGCGGAGGUGCAGGCUAUACAGCUAUUCGGGCCUGAUUGGAUGGUGAAGGAAUUGGAGAAGGAGCUCCUCAAGCAAAGGGGCAAUGGACCCACAUAUUUAGAGCUGGUCGUGGUUGUUUAUGUACUUGGAUUUAUCUGGGAAGAAACUCAAGAGAUCUAUAUAGAGGGCAUACGUUCUUAUCUUCGCAACAUGUGGAAUUUCAUUGACUUUACCCGAAACUCUUUAUACGUGGCCGUCGCUUUAUUGAGGUUCGCGGCAUACCUCCAACAAACAGCAGAGAUCAGGAGAGAUCCUCAGACAAAGUUCAUACCUAGAGAACAGUGGGAUCCGUUUGAUCCUCAGCUUAUAGCUGAAGGUCUGUUCGCUGCAGCUAAUAUAUUCAGUGCCUUGAAGCUGGUCCACCUGUUCUCCAUCAAUCCCCACCUUGGGCCGCUGCAGAUCUCCCUCGGCCGGAUGGUCAUCGACAUCGUCAAGUUCUUCUUUAUUUACAGCUUGGUGCUAUUUGCUUUCGCAUGUGGUCUCAAUCAACUGCUUUGGUAUUUCGCGGAUCUAGAGAAAAAGAAAUGUUACGUAUUACCUGGAGGUCUACCCGAUUGGGAUAACGCUGGUGACUCUUGUAUGAAGUGGAGGAGUUUUGGCAACGUAUUUGAAGCAUCGCAGUCACUUUUCUGGGCCUCUUUUGGGAUGGUCGGUCUUGAAAACUUCGAGUUGGCGGGCAUCAAGAGUUACACUCGGUUUUGGGGCCUGUUGAUGUUCGGUUCUUACUCCGUGAUCAACGUCAUCGUAUUACUGAACCUGCUCAUCGCUAUGAUGUCCAAUUCGUAUGCGAUGAUUGAUGAACAUUCCGAUGUGGAGUGGAAAUUUGCUAGAACUCGACUGUGGAUGAGCUACUUCGAGGAGAGCGCGACACUACCCCCGCCUUUUAACAUCAUGCCUACACCAAAGUUACUCCUCAAAAUGUUAGGCUUGAGAAAGAAGGAUAAAAUGAGGAAAAUAAAGACAAAGGAACAGAAAGAGAAAGAGCACGAUGUCCGGUACACGGCGGUCAUGAGAGCUCUCGUUUGGAGAUAUGUGUCCGCGAUGCACAGAAGAAUGGACGACGAACCAGUCACAGAAGAUGACGUCAACGAACUUAAAGGAGACGUGUCGGCUCUACGAUAUGAACUUCUAGAAGUUUUCGAGAAGAACGGAAUGGACGUCUCGUUCACCGAUAGGAAAGAGAAGAUGGUGCUGGGUAAACGCAUGAAAGUAUGGGAGCGGCGGCUGAUGAAGGACUUCCAUGUAGCGCCAGUCGCGAUCGACGACGAGGACAGGCCGCCUGCUGAGGAUGGACUCGCUAAAUUCAGGAGGAUCGCAAAGAUGGCGGUUGCAAACACCACUAACGCCAAAUGGGAUCAAACUCUUGCUGGGACCGGUGUUUCAAGUCAAAUUGGACGCUGUCGCAGCAGAGAAUCCUUCAAGAAUCAACAGAACUUACAGCGAGCUAUGGAUGAAGCUAGGAAGUUGGUGUUGAGGUCACCGUUACCAGAGGGUUCUAGAGGUGCCUCCCCUAUAGAAAUGCCGGUGACUCCUGGACAUACCUUAUUGGAAUUAAUCAAGGAUAUAUCAACAGAAGUUGGGGAGCCUGUCGAUCUAUCAUCCCCAACUCCUAGAUCGCCCUGGAAACCAGGUGAGAGUUCUGGCCCUCCUGGUUUGUUGCUGACUGCGGCUGGGGCCCGCAGUAAAGCAGCAUCACCUAAACCACGUUCACCAAGCCCUGCCCAAGCGUCCAAGUUACCAUCCAAGAGUGCCACGCCUGUACUCUCUCGAGGUCAGAGCCCCGUGUCGAAGCCUAUCAGCUCGGUCAGCGAGGAGACGGUGCCUCAACCAGAACCAAGUCCACUGAAAUCGAAGCGCGUGCCGGGCGAAUCACCACCGAAAGUGAUCAAGAGGAAGCCACCCGUGCCACCUGUGCAACCUGGAGAUGAGAAGGUGGAAAUAUUAGCUGAUGUGGAGACGAAGCUGCCCGUUGAGGACAUAGUUGUAGCGCGACCGGUAGCUCCAGAGAUCAAGCCCACUGAGGGGGCAAUACCACCGCCGCCACCACCGGUCAAACCUAAGGCACCCCCCGCACCGGUGAUGGAGGUGACCCCGAGUACACCCCCUGUGCACUCGGCCGAACCUCCACCCGUGUCUCCAAUUCCUGCCGCGAAGCCCCCUUCACCACCCAAAGCUCCGACACCAGCGCCGAGGGUGGCUUCUCCUCAGCCCUCUACUUCUGAACCAGCUACCUUGCCCCAAACACCACCAAAGCGCCUCUCGUCAACAUCAAGCACUGAACAGUUGAUACCACCGGCGUCACCGGAACCCCUCCGCCCCAUCAAGAAGCUGGAAGACGUGAAGACCAUUAAAAGACAGCCAAAAACUGGCUGGCUUUAAACCACAUAAUUAAUCAUCAUCAUCAUCAUCAUAUCAGCCUUUAACUGUCCACUGCUGAACAUAAGCCUCCCCCUUGGGGAGGUUUUGCCAAUAGUCAGGUUUUAGAGAUGUUUUAAGAGGGAUGCUGCUGCUCAUCUCUCAUCCUCCCUUAGUCUCUAUAAAAAAAUCUAGGAAUGUCUCUUUCAUUUUUAAAUAGAUUUAUUUUAAGGAUCUAAUAAGUGCAUGUAAUGUAAGUGCCAUUAUUGAAAUGUACAUAAUUAUUGCUGUAGGCUGUGAACUUGAUGACAUAUUGCAGUACAUAAUAUAAUAUAAAAGAGUUUUAUAUGCUUUUUUGUUUACACAGAAAAAAAGAUUACAUAUGCGUAAGUUACAGUUGAUUUAUUUUAAAGACAUUUUUGAGUUACAUUGUGACUUAACCAUUAUUUUUUAUUUAAUUUUUAAUGAUUAAUAAUAAUUUAAUUAUUUUUCAUUCCAAAAUUGCAUGAAAACUUAAAUUAAAUUCAAUUUGUUGCUACAUUAAAACAAAUGGAAAUGGAAAUAAAAGCAAAAAUCUUAAAUAUAUAUGUAUAAUACAUACAGGCCAAUAUAAAUAGACGUACUCAUUAAUACGUAAUGUUCCAAUUGUGCGGAGUUCGAAUCUACGACCACUGGACAGCGAGGCACUGUGUUAAGCCGCUACACCACCAAGGUCGUCAAAACUACACAAUAUGAUGUCUACGCUACAUGUAUAACGAUAAAAUAAUGAACUCACGGUGAAUUUGCGAUGAGAAAAAAAAAAGGAAAUUAAGUGUAAAAAAUAUGUGUAAAAUGCACCACCAAUUUGCGUGAAUUUACAGGGUACAGAGGAAUAACAUCUGAGUCCUCAGGAAUGACAACGCAUGGGGGUAUCAUGGGCGAAACAGUAUACUCUGUUAUGUUCAUGUUAUGCUCAUGUCUAUAGGCGACGGUUACCACUUUCCAUCAGGUGGGCCGUCAGCUUGUUUGCCAUUCUAAGUUGUAUAAAAAAAAAACCAAGUUCCUCAAAAAUACGCAAUAAGAUAUGUGUACAAGUCAAAAAUAAGUCGGUGUACAAUCGGCAUAGUGUCAGCAGAAUGACAAAUAGUGUACGAACAGAGCGCGUAGUUUCAGAGCGUCAAAUUCAUGACUAAUGUGAAUGUCUGAUAGACCGCUUUCGUCGUCUCCACUCGACAUUCGAUACUAUGACGAUAAUGUAGACACAUUACGAUUUUUCCCCAGUAUUUCGUUAUACAGAAUGGAUUCCAUUACAGAUGGGUAUAUACAUAUUUUAAUAAUGCAAUAAAAUUGUAUGGUUCAUCGAUAUGAGGGGUUUUAAGCUUUAGAAGUCAAAACAAUAGUAUUUAGAAUUUUUCUCUGCUUGUUUAUAUAAAACACACUGUACCAAAUUGGAUGCAGUUUUCACAGUUGUGUUUUUGGAGAUCUAAGUUAAAAACUGGCGUACGUUUUAUUUUUUCUUUUUCAUUCGGAAGUGUUUUUUUUUUUUUAAGUUUAAAAUCCAAACGUAUGACGAAACGGGCAAAAACCCCGUAUAUAUAUAUUCAAUAUCUUCAGCCAUAAACAAUAUAUAUUAUACCAUAAUAAAAUUCAUAAAACAUGGUGUUAUUUGAGCUGUGAUUCAAGCAACCCUUCACACUCCAUGACAUGGGUUAGUCCGCAUUCGACCCUUACUUAAACUCGCUAUAGUAAACCGAACAUUACUGGCCUCGUAACUUACAAUAGACUUGAUUUUUUUGAUGGAAACUUUGAUCUCAUGUAAGUUCAUAGAAACUGAAAGUUUACGACCAUAUAUGUAUCUCUGAUCUGACAAUAUAUGUGAUAUCAAUAGGGUUUGAUUAGAUCAAACUUUAAUAAAUACUUUUAUUUGAUCAUGACUAUUUGACCAAUCUUUAUGUGAAUAAGUAAUAAAUAUUUAAAAAAACAAACUUGUUAUUUUACGUUUAAACAUUAAUAGCACAGUUUUUAAAUACAGAUUUAUUAUUUCAACUUACAUAAGUGGUGGAGGAAACAAUAUUAUAGGUUUAUAUAUAUCAAUUACAUACAUACAUACAUACAUACAUAUCCGUCACGACCGUCUCCCAUUAGGGUAGGCAGAAACAAUGGAACGCCAAAUGCUUCGAUUCGAACAAACCUCUUUCGCUUCUUCCACAUUCAUCAAUCUUUUCAUACACGCUCGCCGGUUACGGGUACUUUUAAUUUGGCCCUUCUUCAGUACGUCGCCUAUUUGGUCAACAUACGUCCAUCUAGGGCGGCCCCUACCGACAUCUCUAUUCAUUCUUGCUCGAUAAAUCUCUUUCGUAAUUCUUCUUUCAUCCAUCCUUUCCAAAUGACCAAACUAUCGCAACAUUCUUUUUUUUUAAUUAUAAACAGAAUUUGUAUCGUUUACAUGUAUAGAUAAAAAUAUGUUUAAAAUAUAUUAAUCACAUUUGUGGUAGAAUAUAAAUAGUGCAAACAAGCAUACGGCCCACCUGAUGGUAAGCGGUUACCGUAGCCUAUGAACGUCUGCAACACCAAAGUUAUUACGCGUGCGUUGCCGACCCUGAAGAGAAGAAAGAAACCUCUUUAGCCCCUUUUUGAAGAACCCCAUGAUGUAGUCCCUUGGGAAAACCUCGACAGGAAGUUCAAUCCAUAACCUGAGUACAGAUAAUAUAAUUACUAUAAUAUAAUAUAAUACAAGUGAGUAUUAGUGGGAGAAAACAUCUCUGAAACCGCGUUGUAUGCGACCAUCUAGGUCAUAUGUACAUACCGGACGAUUUGAAAUGGUUAUCCGGAUUAGUAUUUAAACAACUAAUAUCUGAACCUCAAAAAGAUGAAAGAC